AUGUUGAAUUUUCAAGUUAGUAUGUUGAAUUUUCAAGUUAGUAUGUUGAAUUUUCAAAUUAGUAUCAUGAAUUUUAAAGCUAGUAUGUUGAAUUUUCAAGCUAGUACGUUGAAUUUUCAAGUUAGUAUGUUGAAUUUUCAAGUUAGUAUGUUGAAUUUAUUAGUAUGUGUUAGUAUUCUGAAUUUUCAAGUUAGUAUGUUGAAUUUUCAAGUUAGUAACUUGAAUUUUCAAGCUAGAAUGUUGAAUUUUCAAAUGUGUAUGUUGAAUUUUCAAGUUAGUAUGUUAAAUUUUCAAGUUAAUAUGUUGAAUUUCCAAGUUAACAACUUGAAU